AUGCAAAGGAAAUCGUUUGAGUUGUUAUGGACACAUAUGUCACAUACAGGACAUGAAGGAGAAAGAGAUGAGGUGACGAGAAAUAGGAGACAGUGGAACAGGAAGACAAGCUGCACUGCCCCGAGUAAUUUGGGAAAUUGGCAUAGAGAUGAUGAUGAUAACGUCUCACUAGUUAAAAAUAAAUACUUAUUGACAUACAUUGUCCAUUUAUUAUCGACGGUCGAAGGUAGCCCAUUCGAGUCCUGCGCAGGAUCCUUUAUGGCCAUGGAGAUUAUUGUUGGAUUUGGUCAAGCCAGUACGCCGUUGGGCCUUGUCACUGAGCAAGCGGUGACUCAA